GAGACACAAACAGCGUCACUGCUAAUGAGGGACAGUUGGGAGCAGCAUACCGGAUUGUCACUGUGGUCGGUCUCCACGCAGGCAGAGCAUUAUGGGAUGCGGACCUAUUUCUUCAGCGCUGACACUCAGGAGGACAUGGCUGGCUGGGUUCGAGCUCUGAGCCAGUGCGCCAACGUGGAGACAGAGUCGCCAGUCAUCGCACUGAACAAACGCUGUUCAAGUUUUGAAGAUUUCACUCAGUUGAAGUGCAGUUCUGACUCUCUAGAGCUGCCUGCACCCACCUCUCCCACGGAUGGUUCAGCCCAGCCUCGCCCUGCAGACAACGCAGCCCGGAUUGAACCAACUCCCAGAGCGAGAGAGAAGGGGGGAGCCGGCCCCAGAGAAGAGUGGCUUCAGAACUCAAAUCCGAUUUCAAUGAAUAAACCGUCAGAGAGAAGGGAGAAGCAGAGCCAAUCGCAAGCCACACCCCCGCCAGCUGGCGUGGAAACCCCGCCCACAACUCCCAGAAUCCCUUGCGAGCCCAACGGGAGGCGUGUCUACAAGGACAGGAGGGAGGAUCCUGCUCCAGCCGCUGGCCAAUGGGAUCGCGUUUCUACAGCAGAGACCCCUCCCCUUUCAGUCCGAACCUUGGGGUCGCGACCUGUGACCCCCAGAGGUCACCUGGCGACUCGACCUCACACUCCGGUCGGCAGGGUUGACAUCCGACCCCACGGUGACCCCAGCUUGUCCCCUGGGCCACCUGUGACCUCCGGAUUGGGGUCGUCGCCUCCUUCCCCACUGCCGGGUUCGUCUAGCGGUCAAGAGGUCGGCCACGCCUCCUCCUCAACGUCCAAUCAGGAGAGGAGGCAAGCCCCUCACCGGCCCAUCCCCUGCUUCGCCUCGUCCCAGCAUCCCUCCACACCCCGUCGGACUGGGGGGAAGGCCUGGUUCUCAGGGGCUGGUUCGAACCCUCUGCCCCCCCUCCCCCCUGCCCGGGGGUCCCUGUCACACAGAAGCAGGCUGUCUCUAGCUCUAGCGCCCCCCACUGCACCCACAACGCUGCUGUCUCCCUGGCAGACCUCGACCCCUGACCUCUACCAGGAGAAAGCGGCUCAGCCAAUCAGAGUGCUGGAGAGCGACGUGGACUCUCUCUUGACUCAGAUUUGCGGUCGAGACAAAAUCCUUCAAAAUCUCUGCUUCGAAAUGACCCAACUGAGAGCAGACAAGGUGAGAGACACACUGAGACACUCUGAGACACCCUGAGACACCCUGAGACACCCUG